AUGAAGGAAUCAAGCGACAAGUCCUGGGCCAAGGCUUACCUACUUGAUCCUUUGAACGAACCUGAACCCAACCAAGACACCGGUAUCGGCAACCUUUCAGCUCAAUUUCGCAGCUAUUCUCUAGAGAGCUCUGAAUCAAACUCAAGUAAAGAUCACUCUGAGAAGAAGAACAAGCAAAGAGCUAGCCACAAACAUCGCGGCAGCUAUCCCACACCACCUACUUCUGCCAGCCCAACUCGCGACAGCUUUCACUCUUCGAACCCUUUCUCAGACGCUGCAACUUCGCGACGUCAAUCGGGUGCUCCAUCCAUCUCACUUUCUCCUCCAAACUCUCCUCCUCGUAAGGAAGAGGUUCCCGAGAACCCAUUUCAAAUUUCUUCGGUGAACCGAUCAGCCAGUGCUCGAGUUCCUGCUCAACGCAACCGACCUCAAGUCCAGCACAACCGCAGCUUUAGCGCCAGCAACUGCGGAGUUUCUCGUCAACGAUCAUUGAUUCAAAGAUACCCCGGCGACAUGUCUCACCGUCCUCUUGACAUCCUUAGAAAGGAGGCUCGCGCAGCUGACCGCGCCCCUCACCUGCGACGCAAGCAAAUGCCCAUGACUGACACCAUUGAUGCGCUCGACACCAUUGGUGGAACUUAUCAUCACGGUGGUCCCUAUGACGCCACUCUCGCAAGCCGCAAUCAGAACAAGAAGUACUCGCCCGUUGCUGCUGUUGAGGAGUCUAACCGAGAAGCUCUCCGCGCCACACCCAGAGCAAACAUCCAGGAUUCCCUCAACAAGAAGAUGCCUCUUCAGGGCACUGCCGCUAUUCCCAGCGGCGAGCGGGACUUUACUGGCGACACCAUCAACUAUGAGGAAGGUGCUGAUCUCAUGAGAGAACGCGACGCCCAGGGUGGUGCUUACAAGCGUUGGGAUGGUAUUCAAUACCACCCUGACGACCUCAAGGGCAAGGGAGAACCUUCUUACACAUACGAGAAGGAUCUCAAGGAGAAGAAGCGCGUUCAGCGAGGUGAACCCAAUGAAUACGAGCUCUCUUCCAACAUUGGCAGCAGCAGCAAGCGCCCGGGUAUUAGCCACAACCGAAGCUUCAGCGACCACCCCCGAACAACCCCCGAAUACUCCAACGGCUCCGACAUUCGUCGCAACAACUCUACAGGUCGUCACAAGUUGAGCGACGGUCUGCGAAAGCGAUUCGGCAGCAUUCGUCGCAAGAAGGCCACCGAGGUUCAGUAA